CCAAGCAAUCGCUGGUUAGUAAAUUAUUGCUUAGGCGCUGCUCGCCCAUCAAAUUGAUUACUAAAAAUUAGCAACACAAGGAAUAGGAUGAUGGCGCUUGAAUCUACUAUUCCAGUUAUUUUCACCCUUGGUUAUCCUUGGUUAUCGAACUCGGUCAGGGAUCCUCUCAUAGGGGAUUUCAGACUUCACUAUGCAUAUGUAUGGGAGAGCCCGAAGCUUAAAUGACCUGCAAGACACGUACGUCUUCACUGGAUUAGCCAGUAUUUACUUAAGCUGUUGCACGAUAGUUAGAUGCUUGGUAUGUACCAUCAUUCCAAGAGGUCUAAGGGCACCACGGGACAUUUUUCUAUUUGUCUUUCCUUUCUUCCUUGUCUUUUAAACUUCCCUAAAGCCUUGGCUUUGUUGUUGCUAUCAUUCGGUAGUAAAUAGUUCCAAGUUACGAUUACCUAUUAAGCGCCCCAAUGCACCAGGGGGAUAAUAAGAAUGGAGUACUCCGUACUCCGUCAGUGCACCAGACUAUAA